AUGACGCUUUUUUCUGAGUUUCUAAUUAUUGGUUAUAAAUAAGAAGAAUAUAAGGAUACUGAAAUCGUUGAAUACUUCCACAUUAAUGGCUCAAGUCUUCCAGAUUAUCUAAGAAAUGUAGGCAUUGUAAUAUAUUAUUUUGAAUGGCAUAAUAGAUGUGCUUUACAAGUGGUUUUGAUGCAAAAUUGGAACAAGAAUAGUAAAAGAAAUCAGAUGACAUUAAUAGCAAGAAUUAUUUGCAUCAGUUUGUGAUUACAGAUUAAAGUGGGUAAUUACGAUACUGCACAUCUCUGGUGGUUUUUGAAAGUUUGAAGAAUGACUUUUAUGUUCCUUUUGCCUAUAUCAUAGUUUCUGAACAAUCCAACUUGAUUAGGUAAAAAUCUUAUAUGAGAGCAUUAUACAAUGGUAUUUUUGAUAGAGUGACUGUAUAAGAUAAUAUAUUAAUUAUUUAUAGAGGUAUAGAGAUCGUGGUUGGUAGAUGGGAUCAUAAAAAUUAUCAAACCAAUAAUUAUUUGAAUUCUAUUUAUCCGUGGGAAUAACAAAUUUGAAUGGAUUGUAUUAUGUUCCAAAAUAAAUCAUGAGAACAAGAUAAGAAGUAAUAACAGAUUUAAUUAUUAACAAUCCUAACAAUAAGAAUAAUUUAUAUAAUAAAGACAUAAGUUUCAAUGUUUUGUUUUCCAAAUUAUCAAUAAAAAGUAUAAUAAAAGUUGUUUAAUCAAUAAUCCUUGA